GAUCCAAUCUUGUUUUAAAGGACGUUCGGAAAGGUUUGAUAGUUCCUUUAGGUUCGUGGACGUUUGUCCUUCAAGUACGUUUAUUCUAAAUACUCGUACCAAUACUUGUAUCUCAUACUCUCUGCAAAAAUGACUGAAAAUCGUAGAAAGGUUGAUGCUAUGCUCAAAGAUUUUAUUCUUACAAAUGAUGCACUUCUUAAAGUUUCUGCCCUUUUAUUGCAAGAAUUCAAUAAAGGUCUGAGUUCUGCAUAUCAUAAUGAAGCAACUGUUAAAAUGUUUCCUACAUUUGUAAGAGAUGUUCCAGAUGGCUCAGAAAAGGGAAAAUUUCUUGCUCUUGACUUGGGAGGGACCAAUUUCCGUGUUUUAUGCAUUGAUUUGGAUGGAGACCAAUGUAACAUGGUAAAUGAAAUAUACGAAAUUCCUGAAUACAUAAUGCUUGGCUCAGGUGAGCAAUUGUUUGACCAUAUUGCUGAUUGCCUGGGACAUUACUUGGUAACACUUGGUUUAACCCACAGAACUUUACCUCUUGGAUUCACAUUUAGUUUUCCUUGUGUACAGAAAGGUUUAACAAGUGCCUUUCUUGUUGGCUGGACUAAAGGAUUUAACUGCUCUGGUGUUCAGGGAGAAGAUGUAGUUCAGUUACUCCGUCAAGCAGUUAAACGAAAAGGAAAGAGCAUAGAUGUUGUGGCAAUUGUAAAUGAUACUACUGGUACCUUGAUGUCAUGCGCACACAAAAAUAGAGAUUGUCGAGUUGGAUUGAUUGUUGGAACCGGUACAAAUGCUUGCUAUAUGGAAAAUUUGGAUAAUGUGGAGACGUGGCCAGUUAAUCGGGAUGAACCUAAUCAAGUCAUAAUUAAUACAGAGUGGGGUGCAUUUGGUGAUAAUGGUUGCUUGGACUUCCUGAGAACUGAAUUUGAUCAUCAAGUUGAUGAAAAUUCAUUAAAUAAAGGAAAACAAUUGUAUGAGAAAAUGAUAUCGGGAAUGUACAUGGGAGAAAUAGUUCGAAGAAUUGUUGUUAAGCUUGCAAAUGAAGGCUUAAUGUUUAAAGGAAAUUUAUCAGAAAAAUUCAACACUCCUUAUGCUUUUAAAACCAAAUAUGUUUCAAACGUUGAAAGUGACCCAAGACACAAAAAUACUGAAACAGAGAUUGUCCUGAAAAAGAUGGGUAUUUCUGAAGCAUCUGGUGAAGACUGUGAUAUUCUCAAACUUGUGUGUACAAGAGUAUCGACCCGAGCAGCACACUUAGUUUCAGCUGGUGUAGCCACAAUAUUGAAUAAAAUGAAGCGAACUCACACAACUGUUGGAGUUGAUGGCUCUGUUUACCGAUAUCAUCCUCAUUUUAGGGAACUUAUGGAAAGUAAAAUUGAUGAAUUAACAGAUCCUAAUUAUAAAUUUGAACUAAUGUUAUCUGAAGAUGGAAGUGGUCGAGGAGCUGCACUAGUAGCUGCUGUAGCUGUACGGUGCACUAAGUAAAUUAUACAUGUAUUAUUUAAAAACAUAGAUUGUAAUUUAUGCCAAAUGUCUAUAUUGAAAAUGUCAGAGAUACUCUUCUUUCAAAUGAGGUGACCUUCUCUCUGAGAAGUCAGUAUAUUGUGAUAUUGUUUUAAGAUAAGUAAUAUGUUUCUGGUGCUGCAUACUUUUCAUAGAAUAAUUGCAGCAUUCAUUGAAAAAUGACUUUAUGCUUUAAGCAGAUGUUCUUUAAUCUUAAAAUUAUUUUAUUCUAAUUCCAUCCAUGUCAGUUCAGUUAUGUAUAAUAGUGUAAUUUUUUUUAAAUUGACAAAUCAUGUUGUUAAUGUCUAAUGUCUGACAUCAGGUUUAAUCAAUUCAUUGUCAAACUGCAUUUAUACAGUAUUGGUGCUUUUACAUGUGUAGCAUUUAAAAUAUGCAUUUUUUUUUUAUUUUUAAUCUUUGUAUAGUAUUCAUAUUUUUAAUUUUACUCUGUAAUGAGUUUAUGGCAUGAGACUUAUUACUAGAGUUGCUAUUUUAGGUAUACAGUAAUUAUUUUAUAAAUAAAUACUAGUUCUUUUAUAAAUCUUUAGAAUCUCAUUUUUAGCAUAAUUGUGAUAGUUUGAUUAUAUUUUGUUGUGAUAACACAUUGAAAUAUCUAGUAAACACUCAACUGGGUUGUAAGAAAAUAUUUUAGUCUUUCAUAGAAUUUUUUUAUAGACCGAAAACCUAUCAGUUAAAUAAGCAGGUUUCUGAUUAAUUCUAUAAAUUUCAUUUUUACUGCAUUUUGAAAAAGAGGGCAAUCUUAUCUGUUUUUAGCUCAUACUACUUGAAAUGAAUUUUUAGCUAUAUGUCUUAAUUUUGUUAUUGAAGUGAAGAUGUUUUUAAUAUGAAACAUUUCCAUAUUUAUAGUGUUAGAAUAAAAUUGUUGUUUGCAUAGCUAUUGAGUGAAAUGUUUGUAUUAUGAAAUUUUAAUGUUACGAUAAUUGCAAGAAAGGAUCACUUAAAUUACAUUUCAAGUAUGUAAUAGACUUUGUGAAGGUCUUGAAAUACAAGAUGUGCCUCUUUAUCUUGAAUAUGAUGUAUUUGAAUGUAUUGAAAAGUUGAAUGAAAUGCUUGUAUAAUAAAAGGUUUCGGUUGCCUUGUGA